UGGACAUCAACAUCAACACAAUCAUGAUCAUGAUCAUCAACAUCAUCAUCAUCAUAAUCAUCAUCAAUCUGAUCAGAUAGCAAGUUCAUCAGAUCAGGUGAUGGAUGAAACAAGUAAUGAUAAAAGUCGUGAAUCAUCAUCGGUAACUAAACCACAACAACGAACCGGAUCGGUUCAACCGAUGGCUGAAGCAUUAAGAUCUGGAUCAAAUAAUAAUCACAAUAAUAACGUUGUUGAAUCAACAAAUUCACAACGUUUAUUACAAUUAUUACGAUCAACUGAACCUGGUCAAUUUAUACCAAUAACAAAUCGUGAAGUUGGUGAAGGACAUGUUACAAUGAUUGGUUACACAACACCUAUUGUUAAAGUAGGUGAUCCAAUACCAAUUGAACAAUAUCUACGUGAACAACGACUGAUACAUGAUCGUAAUCAACAACAACAACCACAUCAACAAUCAAUACAAACGGUAUCGUCGAAUGUACCACAAUUAAUACCGGCAUCACCAACAUCACAAGAAGAAUUUGCACGGAUUCUACAACGUUUAAGUCAAAAUAUUCAUAAUCCAAAUUAUGUCCAAAACAGUAGUCCAUUGGUAACAGAAUCAUCAUUGACUAAUUCAGCACAAGAAUCAACAGAUAUUCCACUUCGAUUAGUAUUUACACCUAAUCCAUCAGUUCCACAACAACGGCAACAAUUUGUUGAUGCUCGUGGAACAUUAUUCACAUUGAAUGAUGUCAAUGGCAUUGCAUCUGGCACACAAUCUCAAAUUCAACCGGUCACUCGACCCGAACAAGCCAACACAAUCGAUGCAACAAGUAAAUUGUUGAAUAUUCAAGAUGGUAAUUCAAUUAUUGUUGAUAAUACUGCAAACGGAUUUCAAAGUGGUAUUCCCGAUUUUUUGAUUAGAGGAGCUGCACAAUUGGAUGCUCAACUUGCACAACAUGAACAACAAUUGACUGCUUCUAGUGGAUCUCAACAACAACAACAACAACAAUUAUCAUUACAAUUACAACAACAUCCUGUUGAACAACAACAGCAACAACAACAAUUUGUACAACCAUUGGAAAAACCACGCCCAUUUGUUGUAAUGAAACCAGGUUUUCGUAAUAAUCAAAAAUUAUUACAUCAAAUUCAAAUUGAACAUCAACAACAACAGCAACCUCAAACUAACGGAAUAUCAUCAUCACAAUCAACAUCGGAAUCGGAAAAUCCAUUUUUACGAUUCAAUCCAUUGAUUGGUGGUCAAUUAGUGCGUGCACCACAUCAUCAUCAUGGUGUUCAAAUUCAAACACAAUCACAUGUAAAUCCUGUACCUGGUUCGUCACCAGCAUUUUUUCAACAUUUUUCCGCUCAACUACCUGUUGGGCAACCACUUUUCCAUCCAAUUCAAGCUGUUAGUCGUGUAACUGGUGGUAAUGUUGGAUCAUCACAAAACUUGGGUCAAGCACAUUCAUCAUUCCUAAGAUCGGCUACACAAAGUUUUCCACCAUUAACACCUUCAGGUGGUUUCCUUAGUACUGGUUCACAACAACAAUCUCCAUCAUCAUCAACAUCAUUAAUUCAGCAUUCAGCACCGCAGCCAUCAACAUCAUCGUUUCUAACAGGUAGUAAUACUGUAUCACAAUCAAUGCCACAACCAUUUCAUGUUGCAAAGAAACAAACUGUACAAGUGGAAACAGUAGAAGGACCACCAUCAUCAACUGUAGAUACAAAAGCUGAAUUGCAGAAUCAAAUUAAACAUAUAUUAGCAUCAUCACCAAAUCUAUCGGAAGAUUCACGUGCAAGACAUCGUGAAGCCAUUUUUAAAGCUGUUCAUUCGUUAGUUGAACCAACUGAUUCAUCAUCAAGUCAUCAUCAUCAACAACCACAACAUCAAUCAACCGAUUCAUCGUCAUUAUCAUCACCAGUCCCAAGAUCACCAUCAUCCAAUAUCGAUUCAACGAAUCGUUUUUCAGGUUUCGAACCAUUUCAUCCAAAAUCGACGCCAUUCAAUUUUCCAGUUUCACAAACACAAUCGCUUUCUGGAGCACCACAACGAUUAAGUUCGACUAGUCGUCAACUUGGUGCUACGCCAUCUACAUUAGCUGUAUUAGGUGGUCCUAGUCCAGGAUCAUCAUCAUCAUCUGCACAGUUUCAACAAGCUGCAAAUGUUGGCCAAAUUCGUCGACCAUCACAAAUUCAAAUGGAACAAUUUACAUUGCCACCAAUACAACCAUCGGGUAAAUUACCAUUGAAUUUACUCUCAAGAUAUCCAUCAUUAUUACCUGGAUUUCAACCACCGAUGCUUUCAUCACAAGCCGAUACCGGUAAACAAGAUCAAACGAAUGAACAAAAAAUUCAGACUCAGAUUCAAGCCUUCCUUCAACAACAUGAUCCACAGCGACUACAAUUGACGCAACAACAACAAUCACAACAGCCAACUUUAUCGCAAGAAUUUCCCGGUGGUUCAUUCAUCAUUAAUCAACCAAUGUUUGGUCAACCACAAUCACAACAAGAACAUUUGAAUUCAAAUCAACGAUUUCAACAACAACAAAAUGGUCAACAUAUGGCCAAGAUUCGUUUGGCACCAGGACUUAUGUUAAGCUCUGAUGAUUCAACAUCAUCAUCUUCUGGUCAAUCGAAUAGUCAACGACAAAUACAUACACAAGAAGGUGGUAUUACUAUUACACGUGGUAAACCGAUUCCAAUUCCACCGGAAGCGAAUAGAAUUUCAGUGGCUACACCAACCGAUAAUAAUGAGAAUAAUAAUCUAAGAUUCCAUGUUAAUAGUAUGCAGGCUAGCCAACAACAACCACAUCAUAAUCAUCAAUUCCAUAAUCAUCAUCCACAUCAUAAUCGAUUUCAAACAUUUCAAUCAGAAGCCAGUAUGAUGACACCAAAAUUAAGUACUCGUGAAUUUUCUGAAUGGUGGAAAGAACGUGCAGUGGCUCCAUCCGAUAUUGCAUCAUUGACAAUGUUGACACAAUUGCCUGCUUAAUUAGAUAGGAAAUGUAUUUGUUUGUUUACGUGUAGGUGUUGCGGACAAUCAAUUAUUAUCAUUAACAACAACAUUAUACUGGAUUAUAAUGUGAGUGGAUCACUAAAAGAAUCGAAUCGAUUUUUUUCCCGAUGAAAGUAAACAUCAACAUAGACGACCACUAUCAUAUAGAAUCUAUAUUAUAGAUAUAUAGAUAUGAUGAAUGAAAUUUCAACUUUUUUUUUUGCUCUUGAU